UCGUUUGCUGUCCUCCAUGGUCAACAAUGGCUGAAGUGAUUGAUUUAAGUAACGAAGUAAUUAGUAUUACAUGUUGAACUACGAUGAUUAUUUGGCAUAUGAAACAUGUCAGCUGUCGUGAAUAUGACAGACAGUGCCUGGCGACUUAAAACCACAUAAACACACCGGUAUCAUCUGUUAAUUUAGCUGAUUGACAGUUAAAUCUUGGCAAUGGCCGUUGUUACCUCCCUGCUGUGUUCGUCAGCUCGUCUCGUUUCGCCGUUUCGGUCACGACUUUGGGAGCUCGGUGUCUGCAAACGGAUGUUAUGGCUCUCCUUGUCCGCCCAGCGUUGUUACACGUCGGACACGUCAGAGUCAUCAGUUGACCAUGUCAGCUCUGGACUUGAGAGGUACAAGGACUUGCAGAAGUAUUUCAACAGGAGACUGAAGGCAACGUACCGCAGGUUCUCCAACAUACCUGAUCACUCAGUGGUCUAUGGCCAUUAUCAUGUGUAUUUCAUUGAAGGUGGUGGCAUCUACAGAAUGGACAAGAGACAAAGAGAUGUGGAGCCAGAGCAGGUGUUAAAUCUAGGACACGUCUCUAGAGGAGAGGACAUGACAGGACUUAUGAAUGGAGAGAGGAAGCAGAGGUUUCAGUGGACCGUCCAGAGAAUACGUUUGUCCCCACAGGAAAAGCAUCUUGCUGCUACAAUAAAAACAAGUCACAGUGAGGAGCCAAGGUGUGUGGUUGUGAGCCUUGAAAGAAGAGUUUCCCGUCAUUCAGAUUAUUCACACAUUAUUCUUUCACUGGACAAAGUCUUCAGCUUUGAGUGGGCCACAGAUGAGGUCCUGUUUUACACGACUCUUGAGGGUCUGCGUUGCAGCAGAGUGUUUCGUGUGGACCUGACCUCCAGUGGAAGCAGGAUAACCUCUGUGUAUGAAGAAACACGGCCCGAUGUGUUUGUGGAGGUUGCCCUUUCCAGAGACCGACAGAUACUGAGCAUCAACUGCAACAGCAGGACCAGUUCAGAGGUGCUGCUAAUUGACACAACAACACCAGAUUUAGAGCCUUUCCUGGUUCAGCCACGCCAGCUGGACCUCCUGUACCACGUUGAGCACUGGAGAAGCUGGUUGAUCAUACUGGCUAAUACAGGACCCGGACAGGAAUAUCAGGUUGUACAAGCCCCUCUCUCAGAGCCAUUCAUGGUCUCCUGGGUCUCAUUGUUUGUCCCUGACCCUGGCAGUGUGGUCAAAGACAUGGAUGUAGUUGGAGACCACUGCGUGCUGGCUACAAGAACACCAGCCCAUGAACUUGUCCUGAUUGUGGUCCCACUGACGUAUCCCAAGAAAGCAUACACCGUACAGCUCCCCUCCUGGGCUUGUGCCAUUGAAACCAAGAAACCAGGCUUGGCAGACCAACGCAAACUGUUAGAAUUCCUGAUCUCAUCUCCAGUCCACCCACCGGUGCCCUUCUGCCUAUACCCUGAGGAUGGGCUCCUUUUAUCAGGCUUUGAAGAUGGGUCCUCCCAAGAGAUCCAGGCCAAUUAUACCACCACACGCUUGGAGGCCUGUAGCCAAGAUGGUACUCUGGUUCCAGUGACACUGUUUCAUGCAGUACCUGUGGAGGGUUUGAGACAGGCACCACUGCUGGCCCAUGUCUACGGAGCUUAUGGCAGAGAUCUCCGCAUGGAGUUCUGCCCAGAGAAAAGGCUGCUGCUGGAGCAGGGUUGGGCUCUGGCCUACUGCCACAUCAGAGGUGGAGGAGAGCGGGGUCUGUCCUGGCAAAGACAAGCUCGUGAGGAGGGGAAGCUUAAAGGAGUGGAAGACCUUCAGGCCUGUCUACAACACCUCUUCUCCUUAGGAGUCUCCUCUCCUUCACUCACUGCCCUUACAGCCUGCAGUGCUGGGGCUGUGCCAGUGGGAGCACUGUGCAACAGACACCCACACAUGAUGCAGGCUGUCACACUACAGGCUCCUUUCCUGGAUGUGUUGGGAACAAUGGAGGAUCCCAGCCUGCCUCUAACUUUGGAGGAUAGAGAAGAAUGGGGAGACCCUGUAGGGAAUCCAAAACACAGACUCACCAUCACCUCCUACUGUCCCCUUCACAACAUUACUCCUCAGCUUUACCCAUCGAUGCUGCUGACGGCCUACAGCAGUGACGUCAGGAUUCCUUUGGCAAGUGUCAUCAGAUACACUGAGCGGCUAAAGAAAGCCAUUCACACGCAUGUCACCAUGAAUCCGAAGUCGGAAUAUAAACCAGCAGUAGUUCUGAAUAUCCAACCUGGAGCAAAUCACCACGGACCAGAAGACUUCGAGCUGAUGCUGGAGGAGGAAGCCCUCAACCUGGCAUUUCUGUACACGGAGCUGGGCCUGGACCCUCCGCGGCCACAACACAAGAGGAAGAGAUAGCAACGACAAACAUCUACCAUUACAGCCACAACUACUAGGUUGACACAGUGGCGGUCCGAAUCUUGAACAAUCCCAGUCAAGGAGAAGACAACAUCAAAAGUGUAAAUGUAUCUGCAAUGGCCGUCUUUAUUGUUUGACAAAAAUCCCUUACAAGGGAGACUAAUGAAGAAUCAUGAUGAUUUGAUUGUCACUGUGAAGCUGUCAUAACUGAAUGCCAUUGUCCUUUCAUAUUAGCAUUUAUAGAGUAUGCCCACGGCCC